AUGGCAUCUGUAAUAGUCGUUGAUAAUGAUUUGAAAGACUCAGUUAGAGAAUAUGUCCAAGUCGUUGAUGGCCUCAAUGGAAACACCGAACUCGCGACAAAAGUGGAGUCAUUAUUACCCUCGCAACAAGAUCAAGCCAUCUCAAACAAAAGCAAGUUGUUUACCAUACUUCAACAAGCAUCGACUGCCGAAACGUUGAAACAUUUGACUGAUAAGGAAUUUGAACCUACUGUUUACUUGUUGAUCCAUAUCCUUUCCCAAUUGGAUUCCAUUGAUUCGGUAUUGAUCAAUGAAUCAUCACCAAUUUACAAUUUACUUUUAACAAUCAACCCCAAACAACCAUUAUCUUUAAGAGACAGGAAAUCAAUCAGAUCAACUUCUGUAUUGUCGGUUUUGAGUACAAUUUUCAAUUUGAUACCUAGGGAUUCCAAGACUAGGAUAUAUGUGAUUAAACAAAUUUUGAAGGUGAUCCAGACAUCAGAUGUCGAGUUUAACGCUAUUGAAGAUAACAUAUCGGGAAACUUGGUCAAUUGGUUGAAAGAGUGUAAUGCAAAGGACGACGAGAUUAAGGAGAUUUUUUGGAAUUUCAUUGCCUUGGAUAAGGGUUAUUCGUUAAAGUCUUUGAAUUUUAUCAAAUCAUUUACUCACGAGUUUACCGUAUCGGAAUCAGAAUUGACCAAGUUGAUUAAGUUUGCAUUGGAGUCAAAGAUUGUUGACGUUUCAUUUUUAGUUAAUAAUAAUGUUGCAUCAGCAUUAAAGAAGAAUAAUGACAAAUUGACCCAACUUUUUGCUCAAUACGUUCGAGGAGAAACAAUUUCAACUGAUGACAUUUCAGCCGCUGACUCGUCCUUACCAGUAUCAUUUAUCCACCAAAAAUCAAGAAUUUUGAACUUGGCAAGAUUCUUUGCUAGCAAAUCUUUAUCAUCUGAUCAUGAUGAUAUCAUUUUCAAAUAUAGCGAAAUUGAAACUGCAUCAAAUUCUACCGAAUUGGAAGAGUUGUUGGUUGAGGCUAUCAAAGCUGGUGUAUUGGAAGGAAAGAUUAACCAAAUUGAUGAAACUUUCUACUUGAGUAGAGUCAACAGAUUUAUAUUGGCUGGCGAAGAUGAAGCAAAUGCUGAAAAUUGGAAUCUAGUUAAAAGGGCAUUACAACAAUGGUUAGAUUCGAUUCGCAACAUUGAUGAUAUUGUUAAAGCUACUAGAGAGAACCUUGUCAAGAGUAGUGGUAAUUGA